CGGUCCUGGGGGACCGAAUCGGCCCCGGGAGGAUUGGAUCGGCUCCCGGGGCCAGAGUGCACCACCCGGGCGACUCGCGGCGUUUCACGGUCUGAUCUGAGUCUGUUACAGGGCAUUGACUGACAGAUGUUCCUGGUUUGAAAAGGAAGACUUAAAUGAGUGUGAAAAAACCUGGCUUUUGCUACUGAAACACAUCAGUCAAGAUUCGCACUGCACAAACUGGGACACAAUGCCCAACUUUCCAGAGUUCUUGGAAAAGGAACAACAGGAAAGGAGUCUGGAACACCAUGAAGUCUCUACAGUCAGAAUAAAAGACAUUCAGUGGGUAUCAUUCCCAUCUUUUCACAAAGAAAAAUGUCUGAACCCCAAGGAUCUGAGCUCUCAGCAGCCAACACAGAGUCAGAACAAUGAACAUAAAGGACAGGACCAAUCAUCCACAGCUGGGAAAACCUGCAGGGGAACCAGUACAGAUCAAGUCAAAACUGUGUCUGGGGCAGACACAAAAGGUGUUUUAGAGCUGUAUGUGAGUCCCAAGUCAUGUAAAUUCCCUGGGCACAGCAGCUCAGCACAGCCCUUGGCCUUGCUACAAAGCCCUGCAGAAGCUCUGAGCCCUCAGCAGCACCGCACAGGGACUGUACAGAACAGUAGGGCAGACAGGAAAGAAAAGGGUGAGGAAAAGACUCAAAUCCAAACACAUCAGGGGGAUCUUCCAGUGGGGGAGGCCACAGAGGUGCCUGCUGAGAAGCCUCGGCUGGGGAGCACUCAGGGGGCUGAGAGCCGUGAGGAGAAGAUGGAAAACCAGAGUGAAGCAUCUUCAGCUCUUGACAGUUGUCCAAUGUGUCUGAUGCAGUUUAGUGGAAGGUCCUCUAACCCUGCAAGCUCUGUUGGGUGCCACUUUCCCUGUUGUUGGGAGGCUGAACAGGGAGACAAAGGAAUGGCUACAUUAAUAUCUACACAAUUUUGGUUAUUCUGUCCAGAGACUUAGACAGGCUUAAGAUGCAUCUGGUCUCCAUAUUCAGGUCUGUGCUACUCAGCUCCAGUUAGAGCAGCAGUAACAGCAAGGCUGGGAGGUUUUGGUAGAGGAUUUGGGCAUAGGAGUGACUGCCCCUCUAAGGUACCAGAACACUUCUGGGAGGGAGUAACUAACAAACAAAACAAGGAUGUGACUGUUCCUGUGUUUGCAGACUCUCUCAGCUGGACAUCGAUGGCCACCUUGCCAGGUGCUUGUCUGAAAGUGCAGAUGAUGUCACGUGGUAAAUCCAGAAGAGUGGAGAGCAAAGGAACAAGGCCAAGGAUGAAGCUUUCUCAAAGGAAAAGGAAAAAUGUGUCAAGGAAGUACAUCCUUUACUCUGACUUCAAGCAGUAACUCAGAAGAAGGAUAAGUGCCACCUGCCUAUUUGCUUCUUUUUUUUUUAAUUUUAAAGCCUACCAAAUGCACAUGAAGUAGUUCUAGUUCUGAAAGCAGUGCUCUGGGAUGUCCCAGAGACCCCCAGGGAAAUCAGGCUUGGUACUCCUGGAAAAAAUGCACUAGUGGAAAUCCCUCAAGCUUUGUCUUAUGUACCAGAGUUCUGAACCUCUCAGGACAGAAGAAAGCAUCUGAGCAAAAAACAACUGUUACUUACUCUAACCCAAAAGUUUACUGUUUUGGUUUUGUUUUUUUUUAAACAGAUAAUCUAUGAAAAUAAAUUCAGUUAAAAAGUAA